CGCAGUUUGGCCAGUACAGUACAACAACAGGCAAUUGGACUCGGAAGCAUUUUUAAGAGAUAAUGAAAGCCAAGGAAAUUGUAUAGUAGCCAGAGCAAAACUAAAAGUGUAUCUAACAUUAGAUAUCAUCAUCAGUCAUCUCUUCCUAAAGAAAUCACACAUCAUGGAUUCCACUCCGACUAUCGGGGAAUUCUUCCGUACCCUGUGUGAAAUGGGCUUCACGGAAGAGCAGAUCCAGUCAGCUGUGCAGGCAGGACACUUCGCUGUACCAGAAGCAGCUGAGUGGCUUCUCCAAGGAGAAAGUCUGAGGCACAAAUUGGUAAAGCACCCCGCCCAGCCGGUCCAAACAGCGUUUUCUGCUUUCAACCCUCCCAAAGAUACAGGGACACAAUGCCCCCCAAGCACGUCACGCACGGAGCCCUCCGACGUUGGAGGCCCGUCUCUGGUCCUGGGCCACCCGCUCCCCUCCCCCCCAGCUGCAGAGCCCCCGCCGCUGGAGUCCCGUAUCAGGCAGGACAAGAGUGACUUCCAGGAGCAGCAGAGGCAGCGUGUGGCCCAGGAGGCCCGCAGCGAGAGGAGGCACAAGAAACAGGAGCGAGAGCUGGUGCUGAAGCGAAUAGCGGAUGACCGGAGGACCCUGCUGGAGAAGACCCAGCCAGGCACCCCCACAGACCCCUCUCCUCCUGACAGCCAGGGUCAGAAGCUGGGGGGCAGGACUCAGACCAGCCUUGACAACAACUGCAUCCUCAUGAUUCGUCUGCCCUCUGGGGAGUCCAUGAGAGAGCGUUUCCCUGCAGACGCCCCCCUGCGCAGCGUGAUGGAGCACAUCUCUGGCCGCCACCCCUCCCUGCCCUCAUUCUCCCUCCUCCAGGGAUUCCCGCGCAAGCGCUUUGGCGAGGCGGAGCUGGCCUGCUCCCUGCACUCUCUGGGCCUCACCCCCAAUGCCGCACUCUGCAUCCAGACCACGCCUCCAGAGACACCCCAGGACCCGGCCAGCCCCGCCGCUCCACUCUCGUUGAGUCAGGCGGCGGUGGAGGAGGUGGUGACUCCACCCAACCUCCCUCCUCUCCCACCACAGGUCCCGGUCCAGGAGAUGGGGGAAGAGCCUGCCCUGCCCCCACCCCUCCCCCAACAGUUGUGGGAGGAGGCAGUGGGCUACGCAGGAAUCCCUGGGGUGGGCCCCCCACUGACUGGCCCCUCCCACUUUUGGGGGCCUGGCAACAAGCUGGUUCCGGGGGAUGCUGAUGGGGCCGCCAGCUCUGACGAUGACGAGCAACCCGAGGAACAGCAAGAUCCAGCCCUCCUCCUGAAUGGUAUGCCUCGAUUGCCGUUCUUCCUGGAGAACCGAGUGCGUGUUGGGUUUGAGCCCCGGCACCACUGGCCCGACCAGGGGAACCGACUCAGGGAGGCAGCAAUGGAGCAGGCCGUAGAGCCAGAGGGGGCUGGAGGCAGGGUGGUGCCCGGGGCGGCUGGCCAGGCUGCGGUGGAGCGUCUCCAGAGAGCUGCCCACCAGGACGACCCCCAAGCCUCCCAGGGGCACCCGUCACCCCCCAAGAGGCCUUUCAGGACACCCAGCGUCCCCUCCCUUUGCGUCAUGGCCACCAGGGCUACCGUGCACCUCAUGACAGCUCCCAGCAUGCAGUACAGCAGCAGCCUGUCGUGCCUGACCCCAGAGCUGGCCGAACUGCUGCUCAGCCACAUGUCUCGUGAGAGGCUGCUGCGGCCCCGGACCUUGGAGCUGUUCUUCGGCUGCCCGCUGCAGAAGUUUGUCCUCAACUGCUACCCUUACUCUACCAACGAACUGCUGCGGCAGCUCCGCGCCUUCACAGCAUUGAAGCACCUGAGCCUCGUUAGCUCACCCCUGAUCACCGAUGCUGGUCUGUCAUUCCUUCCCUGUCUGGUCAAACUGCAGCACCUGAACCUGGCCUCCUGCAGCAAGCUGACAGACUCCUGUCUGCAGCACAUCACAGGCCUGAAGAGCCUGUGCUUCCUGUCCCUGGACCAGACCAAAGUAAGCGAUGUCGGAAUGGUGCUGUAUCUUCAGUCAGCCCCGUCAUCACUCUCCCAGCUCAGUCUGAACCAGACGUCUGUGACGGAGGCUACCCUGGCAGUGCUGCCCGCCUGCACUCCACAGCUGCGACUGCUCAGCAUCAAACACACCAAGGUGAGCGAUGUGUCUGCCCUGGCACAGCUGGCCUGCCUGCAGACCCUUUACCUGGAUGGCACCGGGGUGAGGGAGGAUUCCCUGGAGAACCUGGCAACCCACUCCUCUCUCUCUUCCCUCAGCCUGGCCGGCAUCCCCGUCGCUGACGGCAACCACGCCCUUCAGAUCAUCUCGGGUCUUAAGCUGACCCAGCUCACCCUUCCUGGGCGCCACUCAGUGACAGACAGUGGGCUGCACUUCCUCUCCAGGCUGUCUCUCCUCUCAGAGCUGGACCUGACCGACUACACACACGUCACUGACCAGGGAGUCUCUGAGCUGGCAUCCAUGACCAGGCUGAAGAAGCUGUCCCUCAGUAACACCCAGGUGACAGACGCGGGGCUGCCCUCUCUGAGGUGUCUGCAGGAGCUGCUGGAGCUCUGUCUGGACCGCACGGCCGUCACCAGCAGGGGCGUGGCUGCUCUGGUCACCUGUCUGCCGCACCUGCAGGUGUUGGGGCUAGCCAGUACCCAGGUGGGGGACACGGUGGUGAGGAGAGGUCUGGUCAGCUGCUCCCAGCUGCUGAAGCUCAACCUCAGCCGCACGCGCAUCACUGACCACGGUCUGAAGUACCUGAAGCGUAUGAACCUGAGCCAGGUGAACCUGGACAGCUCUGGCGUGACACUGUUGGGCAUCGCCAACCUCAUCUCCUCCUGCCCACACAUCACCAGCAUCCGCGCCAGCAACACAACGGUCAUCCCCCCCGACCAGGUCUCCGACGACGACGCCCAGUGAGACUUGGACAGCGCGCUCAGCCCCCCUCCCCAGCAGCCUACCACACUGUCACAUACACACACACACAAGACUUAUUAGAGCCACACACAUGGAGAACCACAGAUGGCCACUACCCAAACAUACAGACCAAACAAACGUUUUUAAUUCAGUGUGAUCUAUUCAGUAUCCUGCUGACAGAAUCACCUGCUUCCAACACGACAGUCUGUCACCCGGCUAGACAAGGCAUCAGCUAGACAAGGCAUCAGCUAGACAAGGCAUCAGCUAGACAUGGCAUCAGCUAGACAAGGCAUCAGCUAGACAAGGCAUCAGCUAGACAUGGCAUCAGCUAGACAAGGCAUCAGAUAGACAACGCAUCAGCUAGACAACGCAUCAGCUAGACAACCCAUCAGCUAGCGGCACACCCGCUCUGGCGUCUUUAGCACACAGCCUUGCGUCCCCUGACUUUAGCCUCUGCAGAUAUUAUACAUGCAUUACACCUGAACCCAUGUAUCAAACCCCCAAACCGCUGAUGUCAUGAUGACAUGAUGUCAUGAUGACAUGAUGUCAUGAUGACAAACUGACCUCCCACUUGAUCGUGCCACAUAGAUCCAGAAAGUGGCCGACACGUAUGCAUGAAAUGUCUUAAAGCAGGGCAACUAUAUGAAACAACCAGGUGUGUACCAUGUAUGUACCACAGCAUGUUAACUAGAAUGUCAAAUACUUCCCUUCAAAAUUCAGUCAGUAAAACAGUUGUAGCCCCUCAGACCUGGCAGCUCCAGUGAGGGGGAUGUGUUCUAUGCCAGACAAUUAACGUCCAUUCAACCUCGUUUUUCCUGUUAGACUCUGCUUGUAAUCCGUAACACUUUUAAGUCCAUUUGAAAAUAAAUUCCAUUACAACUGGAUAUCUUAAGCAUACCCUUGUGGUAGGAGUUGGUCGAUGUGUUGGUCGACAGUUGGCCAUGAUGCAUAUUGCAUGAGUGGCUGGGUUCAUGAGCACCAAUGCACCUUCUGUAAUAUGAAAUUGAGUUUUGCGUCUCUUAUGUUUACAGAGAUGUAAAAUACUGGACAGUUUAUUUUUCCCCAAAAUGUAAAUGGUUUUGGAUAAGAGCACUGUACAUUUUCAAAGGCAAAUGCAGAAGAAAUAAAUACUGUUUUGAAUGUUUA